AUGACUAUUACUCCCAAAUCGCUAUUUCCUCCUCUUCCAGCUACUGCUCGGGCCCAAGCUGCUCAAUUGGCAUACGAUGUCAAGAAUAAUCGUGUGGCGUAUCCCAAUGGAAAAUCUAUUGUAGUCAGACCUCUUGCUAGUUCUGAUCCAACUGAUACCAUCCAAUUUACCGGUCACAUUUAUAAUACUACAGCGGCUGCUUUUUCGCCCUCGGGUAACUACAUUGCUUCUGGAGAUGCUAAUGGUAACUUGAAGAUCUGGAGUGCCGAAAAACUCUCACAAACUUUUGAACGACCUCCAAUAAAGAGUGAAUUUCAGGUGUUGCUGGGACCGGUUAGAGCUAUAACCUGGGAUGCGGAUGGUACAAGAAUCAUUGCUGUUGGAGAGGGCAAGGAGAAGUUUGGUCAUUGUUUUUCGUGGGAUUCUGGCAAUAGUAUUGGUGAUAUUCAGGGCCAUGCAGCCACGGUUACUGGAGUUGAUAUUCGCCAACAACGUCCUUAUCGUGCUGCUACUGUGUCUGAGGACAAGGCAAUGGUGUUCUUUAAUGGACCUCCUUUCAAAUUUGACAAGAGUGUGAGAGGUCACCAUACAAAUUCGAUUCAGGCGGUGAAAUUUCUGCCUGAUGGAACACAUCUAGUAAGCGUUGGCUCAGAUAGACAGAUUGUUUUGUACGACGGCAAGACGGGAGAGUACUUGAAAGCCACUCCUGCUCACCAGGGUGGAAUUUACGGAGUAAGCUGGCGCGACAGUAACACUUUUGUUACUGCUAGUGCUGAUAAUACCGUCAAAGUAUGGAACUCCCAAUUGGAAUGUUUAAAGACAAUCGACAUGCCUCUGUCCGGUUCUGUGGCUCAGCAAGUCGCCAUAGUAGCCUCCGAAGACCAAAUCAUCACCUUUUCUGUCGAUGGAACCAUCAAUGUGGUGAAGGAAGAUGGUAUAUCUACGAUCUACGGCCACCAAGGACAAAUAACUUCUGUCACUGAAAAUAUCAGUGCUUCUUCCGACGGUAGUAUUAUCAAGUGGAAUGGACCAGAAGCAGUGGUGGCAGGAUCCCAUUCAGGGUACGUGUGCCUGAUAGUACUGGACUCUGCAAAUUACUAUUCUGCUGGAUGGGAUGAUAAAGUGAAAAAAUGGCAAGAUGGAAAAUUGGUGGGUGAAGUUCAAUUGGAUUCGCAGCCCAAGCAACUCAUUUUGCGCAACAAGCUCACGGUGGUGUUUGAGUCAAAGGUGGAAAUUUACGAUUUGGACUUGAAAAAAGAACAUAGCAAUGAUUUAGGAUUUUCAACCAAUGGUGGUGAUAUUUCCGAAAAUGGCCUCAUUCUCACCACUUCAAACACAGUUAAAAACAUUGAAACUGGCAAGGAACUGGCUCCCUUGAGAGCGGCUCCUACACUCAUCAGAGUAUCUCCAAAUGGAGAGCACAUUGCCGUAGCUGACUCGGCAGGAAAAUACACUUUAUAUGACAGCAACUUCAAUGUGGUGACAACCAGAUGGGCCUACCAUUCGAGCAGAGUUCUCGAUGCCCAAUGGACUUCAGAUUCCAAGUAUUUGGCAAGUGGAGGAUUGGAUUCCGGCAUAUUCAUCUACUCGGUCGACCGUCCGUCUAAAGUGCUCAAGUUCCCAUUGGCUCACCAAAACGGAGUUACGGCGAUCGGCUGGGCCAACUAUGGUGAUAGCGACUCUACAUUGGUAUCUGGAGGUGCCGAUGGUGCUAUCAAAAGGUGGUCGGUAUCGUUUGCUUAG